CAUUACCCUUCUGGCCUUUUUUCCUCGCACUGUCUGGUUUCCUAUCCCAAUGCGUUCCGAUCGUUCGUCUGGCAUUCGGGCUUAGCGAGGAAAGUUGUACGCACGCGUGUGCCAUCAGCCAGACCUGUCAUUCGCUUGCCUCUCCCCCUCGGUCCUCCCUCCUCCAUUGUCAACACACACCACACAUUGGCUGCGCUGGUCGCCCACCCUUAGCCCUCGCCGCAUAUUGUCCCCUCGGAUUGAUAUACCCCCGCGCUGUCAUUGGCAUCGAACAGUCUCUCUCUCCCCCGAACAGGAGGCCACGGUCUCGAGCUCAGUUUCCUAUUCGAACUGCAACGAGCUCCCUCAUGUCCUCACCGCCGGCUCAUAAGAAGAUGGAUCGGACUAGUCUACCAGAUCAAGAGAAACUCGAACAAUUUAGCCACUUGACCAUGGAGCACCGCCAACACAGUCAGUCGCCGUCCCAGAAAACAGCCUGGCCUCGGUGGGAGCGCAAGGGUAAGGAGAAAAGCACCGUUGCCCGCGCAUGUACAUGGGUUGUGGAUCACCAGAUCAGCAUAUCGGUCAACCUCAUAUCUAUGCUCUUCUUCAUACACAUCCUCUUCCCUUCGACAAGACAUCACACCCAGAAAUUCUUCCGAAUUUCCUACUACAACCCUGCAACGGGCAACUUCGCCCUGGGUUGGGAUGACAUAUUCUUUGUCUUUUACUGGAUCAUUGUCUUCACCGGCCUGCGCUGUGCUACCAUGGACUAUCUCCUCGGUCCCUUGGCCGCUUCUUGCGGCAUUCGGAAACGGAAGCCCAAGGUGCGAUUCGCGGAGCAGGCCUGGAUCCUCUGCUACUACACGGCCUCAUGGUGUACGGGUAUGUACAUUAUGUACAACUCUGACUAUUGGCUCGACCUCCGGGCUCUUUGGAGGACGUGGCCCGACCGUGAAAUGGAGGGUCUGGCGAAGUGGUACUAUCUGGUCCAAUUCGGCUUCUGGCUGCAACAGAUAGUGGUGGUGAACAUUGAGGAGCGCCGGAAGGACCACUGGCAGAUGUUCACCCACCAUAUUGUGACCUGUUCACUCAUCUUCACGUCUUACGGCUAUCAUCAAUAUCGUGUCGGGACGCUAAUUCUCUGUCUCAUGGACUUGGCGGACAUCAUCCUCCCGCUGGCCAAGAUUCUCAAGUACCUCCAUUUCGAGCUUGCAUGCGACAUUGCAUUUGGUGUUUUCAUGGUCUCCUGGCUCCUGGCUAGGCAUAUUCUAUACAUGACUGUCUGGUACAGCAUCUAUGCCCACAUCCCGGAGGAAAUCGCAUACGGAUGUUAUAGGGGCAGCGUACAGGAUCUUGAAGGUCCAUUCCCUACGCCCAACGACUGGGAUCAUCUCAUCCAACCAUUCAAGAACCCUGUUGGACUUGUCUGUUGGAACAAUAGCAUCAAAUGGACGUUCUUGACCAUGCUCCUCGCACUCCAGGUGAUGCUGCUCCUCUGGUUUGGCAUGAUCGUGCGGGUUGCCUACAAAGUGGUUACUGGCAAUGGAGCAGAAGAUGUGCGCUCGGACGAUGAAGACGAGGACGAGGAGGAAGAGAUAUCGAGCGAGAAGUCAUCAAGAGACUAUGUCGACAAAGUCAAACUCUGCGUGGAACCACACGAACAGUACCUAGAGACAGAAGUUCUGAGCACGGAUCCUAACUUCUCUCUUUCGAAAUCUUCCAAACCCCGGACAAAAUCGAGGUCCAAGUCCAAGUCCACAUCGCCUUCGUCCUCGUCGGGAGGCAGACGAUCAACACCGGAGUCGUCAACUGCGGGUUCGAGCAGUGGCGGGAGGAGGAAACCGAAGCACGAAUCUGGCCAUUCCUCCGGUGUCAACCUGCUUGGAGGUAGCAGUGAUCGCAAGGAGCUGCUUGGCCGGAUCGGCUGUGAUAAGGGCUCUACGUCAGAUUGAGCAUGAUUUUGGUCGUGAAGAGGUAUGACAGGCAACACACUUUGAGCGUGUGUACACAAGGCAGGCCUGUGCCCGUGUCCCAGCCAUUCUUUGGGCUUGUCCACCGAUCAUCUGUGUUUCGGGGACCUUUGCUGUCAUUUUGGUGCUCGGUAGCUCCGCAGCUGUGUCCUUAGAAAAUCAUGUUUGAACAGAACCCUGUCGACAUCUCCUCGCGGAAUGCAAGAGCAGAGCGCGAGCGAGAUAUGUUGACCUGGGACUGGGUCGACGACGUUCGAGCAAGACCAGCACCGAUACCACACAGGCUACCUAGAGAGGAACCCAGCGGGCGCGUACCUACUGAACUACUGUACUGUACUUACUACGCAGUACAUCCAUAGAGCAACCUGUCCCCAUGGGCCAUGCAUAUGUAUGGCGCGGGAAGUGCUGAGACUACACACAUAGACGGCUUCUGCGCACCUCGCGGAUACAACCUAGAUAGCAGCGACAUAGAUGGACGGUCUAAUGACACCGCGAGAGUCGAGACGAGGUCUUGCCUCCCGUUCACCGCAGGCGUGAAGAAGGCCUGUUAAUUCGCACUUGAUUUGCUCGAUGG